AUGGCUGCUGCUAGCGAGCCCUCGGGGCAAGUUCAUGAUGAUGUCCUGGACGGCCAGCCGCCGCCGGGAUUCGAAAGUGAAGAUAGGCGUUCAGACGCCCCGGAAAGGCCACCUGAACCUUCGUUCAGGUACAGCAGUCGGAAAGACGAUAGUGAGACUGGUUCCAGCCGAGACACCGGAGCCAACGGCGACCCCGCCGACCGCAUUCGCAGCAACACCACCCCUUCCGAGUGGGACGACUCCAGAUGGGGCUGGGGACGAAGCCAGGAGACUCACUCUUGGGGAGAAGAGUGGGAAAGGCCUGGCGAACAGCAGAGUCGCCAGACAGACGCAUGGGGACGACGAGCAAGCUGGGAGACCGGCAUUAGCUUCAACAGUGGUGGCGAUGAUCGCCAAGCCUGGCGACCCGAAGAUCCCUGGUCCCAGGGACGAGACCCCUGGUCAACCGGGAAGAAUGAUGGCUGGCAUGGAUGGGCUGCCGACGAUGGGGCAUGGCGAGUACCCCGAGCCGAUCCCCAGGCAGAUGGCCGAGCUGGACACGGGCGAGGAAACGAUCAUGCUGAAGACCAACGAGGACAAUGGGUGAGCUGGAAGGCCGACUGCGGCCGCCCGACAUGGCCUGGGGACUUCGAUGCUGGGUUCCGGGCAUACGAAGAGCGAGGCGGUGGACACCGCCCCGCCGGCCGUGCCUCCGAGAAGUUGAACGUUCCCUCGUUCACCGGAGAGGACAUCGAGGACUUGGGGGGAUCGGCGAGAUCGUAUCUUCGACAAGUGGAAGCGUGGAGGAGAAUGACAUACUUAUCCACCUCACAGCAAGGCUUGGUGCUGUACCAGAACCUCGGGGGCAAAGCUUGGAUCGCGGCCGAGGAGCUGUCGGUCAAGACCCUCGCCUCCGACAAAGGCGUCGACUACCUGAUCGCCUGGAUCAAUGCCCGCUUCUUGGACCUGGAGGUGGCGAGGAUUGGUCGGGCCUUCUCCGACUUCUUCAGGCGCCUUCGCAGGAAGCCCAACCAGACGAUCAGGGAGUACAACACCGAGUACGACAGGCUGCACGCGAGGCUGAGGGAGGUCGGGUGCUCUUUGCCGGAGGAGUGUGCCGCCUGGCUGUACCUGGACAGGAUGCAGCUCGAGGAGGCUCAGGAGCUGAACCUGUUGGCAAGUGUGGGAAAUUGCUACAGUCUCCAUCGCCUUCAACAAGCAGCAGUGCUCCAUGACAGGGGGCAGAGGAAGCCAUGGGAAGGAAACCGACCCCGGAAACCUCACUCUGCCCACAUCACCGACAACGCCGACGGUGGCCUUGGAGACGAUGGUUCCCGCAGCGGCAGCGAGCUUGAAGACGGGGUCCCAGAGGAUGUCGCCAUCGCCUAUGCCACCUACCAGAGCGCCAAGGAGAAGUAUAAGGAGCAGACGAAGGCCAGAGGAUAUCAAGGCGACCGUGGAGAGAAGAGCAAGCAGAAAGGAGGGGACAUGUCUCGCGAAGAGAAGGUCAAGCUGAUGAAGAGUCGUUCCUUCUGCUCGUCUUGUGGGAAGAAAGGACAUUGGCAUCGAGAUCCCGAAUGUCCUAACCAUGGUCGUGGAGUUCGUGAAGUUGAAGUGUGCCACCAUGUACCUGCCGAGGUGUUCGCCUUGAAGUAUGAAGGGACAGGCCUCGUUGGGAUCACGGACACGGCGUGUGCGAAGUCGGUGGCAGGAACGAGCUGGCUUCAGGCCUACAGCGACCAGAUCGAGAAGAUCCAUAAGAAGCCAGAGCUCGUCAGAGAGUCAGAGGCCUUUCGGUUCGGCACUGGGAAGAUCCACCACUCGUCCUUCCAUGUCGUGAUCAGCUUUAAGCUUGGUGCGAAGGUGGUGGAGCUGAAGACCUCUAUCAUCAAUGGAGACGUACCGCUCCUUUUGUCAAAAGGGGCACUUGCCCAAAUGGGCAUGGUGUUUGACGUGGCCGCCAAUUGCGCGGAUUUCGGGGCUGUUGGGCUGAAGGCCUUCGAGCUCAUCACCACAUCAUCGGGACAUCCGGCUAUCCCGAUCGUUCCGGCCAGUCCAGCUCAAUCGGCUGUCAGGCUGGUCAUUUCCGACCACGAUCCUUCUAGCAAUGGGCAAUACACGGCUUUUGCGGUUUCUGCUUUUAGCACUCUUCGUCCAAAGCCUGACCCCACUACAACUUCAGAUUCGGUGCAGUGCUUUCCCACCGAUAGCAAGGUCCAGCAGUACAGAAUCUUCUAUGACAAGAAGCUUAGUACGGAGGUAAAGGAGCUCCUUACCCAAGAUCGCCUACCAGCACAGUCCUUUAUCGCAUGGUGGGGGCAAACGAAGAUCACUUCGGAUUUCUGGUUGGAAGGGGAGUUUGCUUGGCACAGGAUGAUGCAUCGGAAGCUUCUUUCCCGCUGCUCUGGGUUGGCCGAAGUACUUUUGCCAAGCAUAGCAUGCCACGCCCUCUUGCCUCUGAUCCGCAUCGUGAUGAACGCUCCAUGUCCCCCUACGAGUCGGCCGCCGGCGAUCAACAAGAUGUCGAAGACCCAACUUCUUGCCGAGUGCAAUCGACUGGGACUGGUGGUGCAUCACGGAUGGAGUUGCCCGGAGAUCAAAGCGGUGAUCAUGGAGGACAGGAUGAACAAAGCCGAGUCGGAGCCGGGCUACAUCAUGAAGUCCAUCGCCAAGCUCAACCUGCCCGAACUCAAGCAGAAGGCCGACUCCCUGAACGUGCAGUACCCCAGCAAUGUGACGAAGGGAGCCCUUCUAAGACUGGUGCGCGAGUCCCUCAACACCCCAGCGACGGAGCUCAUGCAGAUCGGGAAGUUCCGGGGCUACGAGUUCGGGGAGAUCCCGGACAGCUACGGGAGUUGGGCGCUAAAGGAGAUCAAGAUGAGCUCCAAUGCACAUCCGGAGCUCGUCCGCUAUGCACGAUGGUGGGAGGAGAACCAGAAGAAGCGGUACUCCGGGAGAAGUAAGACCUCCGUGCAGAUUGGCGGCUGUUGCGGCCGCGAUGAUCCGACUACCCACAGUGGACACUUCAUCUCCCAAGAGGACCUUCGCAGAGGGUUGGAGAAACAGUCCAUAAACUAUGCCUGCCAGGCCGCCAAUGCCCACGAAGCAGAUGCCUUUGAGGGAGCCCUCGCGGAGGGCGACUUCUCCUUCGUGAAACUCAAGCAGCUCCUCCGAGGCAUCGGGAUAUCCGAGAAGAACAAUGGCAGGCCCGGCCUGCAUGGGCAUGAAGGUGUUCCCAUGAAGUACCACACCUUUGGGCUGUUCAGUCAUGGUGGAGUGUUCGGAGUGACCAACAACACGAAGAAUUACAGCAGCGUCGUGAAGUAUGUGAAUGCCUUUGGCAGACACCACCUCGGGCCGAAAGCCGAGUGGACGUCGGUGACCCUUACUCACGAUGCCGGAGCCGAGGUGCAUCACGACUACAACAACCUGCGCGACACCAGCAGCUAUGUCGUAUCGUUGGGACAAGACGCUGGAGGGGGCUUGUGGGUGGAAGACCGAAAGGUCAAAGAGGAGGACAUUGAGCAUGGGACGGUCAAAUGGCGACGACUACCUAACGGACGAUGGCUCCCCGGGCGGAUCGUCGACACCAAGGAGAACUUCUACGAGCUGGACCCCUUCCUCAAGCAUGCAGUUGAGCCGUGGACUGGGACGAGAUGGUCGCUAGUCUUCCACACCACCAGGAACUUCGUCAAGAUCGGCCGAGAACUCCGGUCGUUCCUUAAGGGGUGUGGUUUUCCCCUUCCCGGGCGAGUGAACUCAACCCACAAGACCGACCUCGUUAUCGAUGAUGAGAAGAGCAAGAAGCCCGGAAAGGUGACCCGGCGAACAAUCUUCAACAAUGCGGCGAAGAUCAGUGUCAUGAUUGCGACCCUCAUCUCGGCAGCUACCUCCUACAUGGCCACCUACACAUUGCCCGAGGUAGAGGCGGCCCCCAUUGUGAUCUUUGAGAUCGGAAGCACCGAGGCCACCGAAGAGGCGGUUGCCCUUGGCAAGGAUGUAUUCGAACCUAUGGAUUGGGAGACGUUCGCUUCACCAGAAGGGAAGGGCACCGCGCAUCACAUCAUCCACGGGGCUUCUCCGAAGGAGCUCAAGGUCGCAUUGGGUGGGAAGCCAGACAGCUGCAAUGAGGCACUCCUCGAGUUGAUCGAGCAACAACUUCAUGAAGGCGGGGCAGUCGUCGUCGAAGGCGAAACGUCCGACUCUCUGUUCCUGGACGAGAAGUUCCAGGGGAUUCUUGAGAACCACACCCAGUAUGUAACCCAAUCGGACUUGGCGAAGCAGGUGGUGAUGUACAAGUCUCGACCAGACCGACUACCUGUGCGUGGACAAAACAGAGUGCAUCAUGUAUGUGCAGUUGAGCAAGUACAGCAGCACCGGCAAGGAAGAGACGAGGUCGUCAUGGAUGGAAGCGGCAUCGUCUUCGGGGAAGGCACCCCGCCGAGAGUGGCAUCGGCCCUUAGGAGAUUGCACCAGAAUUUGGGUCAUCCUCGUCAGGCUGAUCUCAUCCGACACCUUCGCCUAGCGGGUUGCGACAACGAGAUUCUCAAAGGGGCUAGGUCCCUCAGAUGCCAGGUCUGCGACGCCAAUGUCGCCCCGCGAAUUGCUCGCCCGAGCGUGGUCCCGCAGCUGUGCGACUGGAACGACACGGUUGGGGUAGACAUUUUCUAUGCUCAUGACAUCGACGACAAGAAGCACACCUUUCUGUCCGUCGUCGAUUACGGAACCACACUUCAUCAGGUCGUCCGUGUCGAUGGCCAGUCUUCCGACGAUAUCGAGGGCAAGUUCAACGAGCUGUGGAUACUGCCCUUUGGUCCUCCUAAGGUGGUCGUUGCCGACCUAGACGGGGGGGUCCAAGGGGCGAUCGGCCGGCUUUGUGAGUGGCACAACAUUGGCAUGAGGAGCAUCGCCGCGCAGAGUCAUUGGCAAGCUGGCAUGGUGGAACGACAACAGGCCUGGUGGAAGAAUAUCUGGGAGAAGCUCGUGUACCAGCUUAGCAUCGGCGAGGAAGAAGUCGACAUAGCAGUCCCCAUCGUCAAUGGAGCAAAGAACGACCUCCGGCGUCGAUGUGGACAUAGUCCAUCGCAAUGGGUGUUCGGACGAGCUCCUCGACUACCCGAAGACUUGCAAGACCCCGACGGCGGUAACUUCGUCACCUGGGAUGUUAGCGAGGAUUCGAGGUUCCAGAGGCAGUCCGCUAUGCGGGCGGCAGCUCGUGUGGCUUUCCAUCAAAGCCAAGUGGACAGCAGGCUCAGGAAGGCUCUCUUGCAAAGAACUCGCACGACGCCCCGCCCCAUCGAGAUCGGAGAGAGUGUUCACUUCUGGCACAAACCCAAGAAUCGUCGCCGAGGACAAUGGACUGGGCCAGCAGUGGUUGUUGGCAAAGAGGGCAACAACUACUGGAUCUCCAACAAUGGGAGGGCACAGCAGGAAGUCGAGAAGCUCCUCGAGUACGACCCAGAUGGAGAUGAGGCCUUUGAGGAUGACGAUGACCUCAUAUCCGACUACGUGCCCGACGACCUCGAAAUGGCAGACCCCGACGACGAAGGCCCUGUUCUCGAACCUGGUUUGGAAGAACAACCGUCGCCCUUGCCAAGUAGGAGGCUCAAGCGAAAGACCGCAGUUGCCGAGCUCGAGACCGCUGAGCACGAAGCCAUGAUGUUGAGAAGCGACCUCACUCGAAGGGGCGUUGAGAAGCGAAAGGAGAAGGAGCUCAAGUGGAACGAAAUCCCACAAGAGGUACACGACAAGUUCCUUCACGCAGAAAGAGUCCAGUGGGAGGAGCACUUGAGCUAUGAUGCACUACAACCACUGACGACAGCAGAAAGUGAGCGAGCCAGGCAGCAAGUGCCGGCGGAAAGAAUCCUUCGGUGCCGAUGGGCCUACAAGGACAAGAACUACUCCAAGCGAAGGGAAGGGGGCGGAGACAUUCCCUGGAAGUGCAAGUCAAGGCUAGUUAUAGCCGGCCACACAGACCCAGACCUUGGAUCCGAGUUCUUGUCUACCGACGCCCCUACCCUGUCGCGAUGUGGCCUGGCUUGCUUACUUCAAUUGGCAGCCUGUGGACUUGGAGACAGCGAUCCGUGGUCGCUUUCUGCAGGUGACAUCAAGUGUGCCUUCCUCACCGGCAGCUAUCUCACAAGGGAGCUCUACAUGCACCAGCCGAAGACAGGGUUCCCCGGAAUGCUGCCGGGACAGCUGGUGAAGAUCAAGAAGAAUGUGUUUGGCCUCGCCACUAGUCCUCACGAGUGGUGGGGAGACCUACAGGAAGGGUUCAAGGGGUGCUCCAUCGUCGACGAAGCCGGCAGGGAGUUGCGCUUCGACCAAUGCGCUCUCGAUCCUUGCAUCUUUGUGCUGAGGGAAUGGAAAGACGGACACUUUACUGGCCCUCCCGCUGCAUACGUUGGUUGCCAUGUCGACGAUCUACUGGUAGUCGCACCGAGAUCCCUGAAGAAGAAGAUCGAAGAAGCUCUAUCGGCAGCGUUUCCCAUAGACAGCUGGGAAGAAGACGCCUUCGAAUUCUUGGGGGCCCUCAUCACCGUGCACUCCGACAAGGUGACGGUCUCACAGGAAAAGUAUGCUGCCACCAGACUCUUCAAUCUGGAUAUCCCCAUCAAGGCGAAGGACGAAGACGAGGCCGAUAAGGAGCUCCAAUCGGACAACAGAUCGCUGAUUGGAGCCCUCUCCUGGCUCUCUGCCCAGAGUCGCCCGGACUUGACAUGCUCAGUCAGCAUGGCGCAACAAUUGCAGAAAUCCCCGACGAUUGGAGACCUCCGGUUCACCAAUGCCAUCGCAGCAAAGGCUCAGCAGUUCAAGCAGCACGGGCUCAUCUUCAAGCCCAUUCAGAGAGACAGGAUGAUGUUCGUGGUCUUUCACGAUGCUGCUUGGGCGAACGUUCUGGAGUUUGACCCCCAGGAGGAUUACUACGUGCUCACCGCCGAGGACAAUCUUGCCGGGCUUCAGGACGAGGGGCCCUACAAGAACAAAGAAGAGGGGCGAAAGGCUAAGAAAGGCAACUCUCGGGUAGCCUCUCAGAUCGGAGUCCUGGUCACCUUCGUCGAUAAGGGGUCCCUCAACGGCAACCCCGGGAACUUCAGCAUAGCCGACUGGAAGUCAAGGGCAGGUCAGAGGGCCUGUGCAGAGGGGCUUGAGACGGGCCAGUACAUUCGCUCGAUGUGGGAAUCGCUCAUCUCUGGCGAGUUGGUCACCGUCGAGAACGCCAUCACCCCGAUCCUCUGCCUGAGCGAUUGUAGGUCCCUGUAUGAUCACUUGAACAAGCAAGGGGUACCUCGUGUCCCAACCGACAAGAGGUUGGCUGUAGAUCUAGCUGCCCUUAGGCAGGCCCUGAGAUCCGAGAUGUGGAGCGAAGAUCUGCCGAUAGGGUGGAUCCCCGGGAGUACCCAGAAGGGAGAUAUCCUCACGAAGCCGCAGAGUCCCGCCGAAUGGUGGGAAGGCAUGCAACAACCACUCGUUUUGCCUUUGGCGCAUGGGCGAGGGGGGGCUCUGAUCGGCAACAGGCCGAAGAAGACCGAAGGCAUUUGGUCCGAAUGGAAGAGAAAAGGGCGCCACGCCUCCCAUCCGAGGGUCGAGGCCAUGGGGCGCCGCGGCUUUGACAAUCGCAACAACAAGCAUGUCAUGGAGCUGCUCGUCCCAAGUCACCUCGUGCUGCUGCAGCCUGGGGAAUCCAAGAGGAUCAACUUGCACUACGGCGGCCACGAGAGCUUUGAGGUCCCAGGCUUUUGGUCCAGUGGCGAUGCUGCCGGGGUGUCGCUCUGCACAGCUCCGCCGCUCAAUCUUGUGGGGCAGCUGGCGGAUCUCAACUGUGUCGAGCACCUGAAGGCCCGGGCGUUCUUGGCUGGCGACGAUGUGUCCAACAUGGGCACCAUGACGGAUGCUCCCCCGAGGAAAAAGAAGGGUGAUGCUGCCGAGCAAAACUGGGACAUCUUGUCGGCUUCACUCACUGAUCCCAGCCGUUACCGAGUGGAUGCGGCCAACAAGAAGGACGUGUCUCGCCUCCUGGCUGUUGCUUUCAGCACGGGCGGUGUUCCGAGUAACUUUGCGGAGAACUACCACUUCAAGUUGGCCAUGAAGACUUUGCAGGAGAUGCUUGUGGGCUCUGCGCCAUGGAAACCACCUGGACGCAAGGAUCUCGCCAAGAUGCGCCCGCUGGAGUCUGCUGCAGCAGUCCACGACACGUCUGUUUGGAUGGCUUCCGUUCGACACUUGACUUUGGCCGUCGAUGGCCGCAAGAUGGCCGAGGGCAGGUUCAAGGAGUCGAUGCUGAACACUGCUGUGGCGCUCUCAGUUGCUGGCCUUGAAGCGCAGUUUUGGCUGCUUGAACUUACCUGGAAGGCAGUUUGGGCUACCUAA